GGGGCAGUCUUGCGUUAUAUAUCAUCCUUCCCUGCAAUCUAGACGCCCUCGCGACCUCGUGUCUCGCACACGUGCAGCCCGGCACCGGCGCGGGCUCAUAUCCGCACAUGCAUGCGUUCCGGCCGCGAUAGCCAGUCUGUCAAGCGUCUAGACCCCGCGGACCGUGAGGCUCACGCGGUGUACCACCCUGACGGUUUUGCAACAUUCCCUCCAGGGAAAGCAAAGAGGGAAGUGUCGAUUGCAGUACGGAUCAGACGGCUCUUCCACAAUGUCGUGUUGGUGUUGUGCGGAACGGUCGGCCACAGAGGUGGUGAAUCUGACUGCUUCGGGCAAUGGCGCAGAAACCGUCGAUCUCUGCGAUCGACUCGUCCGGGAUUGAACGGUCACGCGAAUAUAAUCCUCUUGGUAGGGAGAGAGACCAUUCGAUCACGGUGUAAGCUGAUCGUGUACUUCGCAACGCACGAAAGGGAUGAGGGAGGAUCUCAUUGGUCUUUGCGUAUAGUCUUAUCGGAUACGCUUCGUCCAUGCGCGUGCUGCCCUUCUGGGAAUCCUGUUUCAUUUCUGUCGAUUGCUCGUGUGCGACACACGACGCACAGCUGUGGCCAAUCGUCUGCGGGGGUCGCACGAAUCUUGAACAUCUUGCAUCGCGGCUCCAUGCCCCAUAAAUCGGAUCACCACCAGCUUCCUCGACCCCGUGCGUACAUUUCCAAGCCAGCUUGUCAGAACUUGUCGCUCAAUUAUCAGAAGAAGACUGCCGAUGGCCGGUGAUGCAGACGGCGGCUCAGAGAAGGAUCGCUGAUAGCCUGUGAAGCGCAGAAAAGUAUAGAGAAUAAGGGUUCA